AUGUCUACUACCCUGACAGACCAGGAAGCCAAUUUAUACGACAGACAAAUACGUCUAUGGGGUCUCUCAGCGCAGAAUAAAAUACGCAAAAGCCAUUUAGUUUUCUUAAAUCCACUCUCUGGUCUCAAUUCUGAAAUCGCUAAGAACCUUACUUUGGCUGGUAUAGGUACUAUCACUUUUGUAACAAAGAAGAAUACAAAAUGCGAGGCAUCAGGUAGUACAUCUAUUUUCUUGCAUAAUGAUGAACAAGACAUUAGUCACUUUAAACAGAACGUCAACAAUCUCAAUCCACAUGUUAACAUAAAUGUAGUCCAGCUUGAGAGCUACAGUGACUCUUGCGACGCGUAUAAAGACGCUACUCUCGUUAUUGCAGCCGAUUUAUCACCAAAAGUCUACAACGACAUCCUCCGUCAUCUCAAACCAGCUAUUCCACUCUACAUAGUCGGUACCCUCGGUUUAGCGGGAUAUGUGAUAGUCAAUAACUCUGCGAUCAAUGAUCAAGGCGAAACGAAGCAAUUUAAGUCACUAAGUGAGUUGAUAGAAAGUCAACCUGGCUUACAUACACGUAAAAUGCGUGAAAAGAGAGAUUUAUUAUCUAAAUGGCGUGGAUGGCUACUUGUUUUGGCGUAUUGGAGCUUCUUUGAUGAUCACUCGAGAGAACCAACUGCCGAAGAUUCAGAGAAUUUUUACAACAACUAUCUUCUCAAGAAGGUUGAGAAAGCAGGUCUUACAGAUACAAGCACGCCACUUCCAUUCGACGGAAAUACUAUUAAAGAUAUUAUACCAACACUCUCCACAUCUAUCACUCCCGUCCAUGCUGUUUUAGGCGGUUUCGUCGCUCAAGAUAUUAUAAGCACAGUAUCAUCUAAACAUCCCGGUACAAAUGGUGCAUGGAAUUGGAUGGCUUACGAUGCUCGACUUAAUGUAUUCAAUAGACUGCUUUUGUAACUUAUUUAUGUCUCGCUUUAUCGAUAGAACGAAUGCAAUGACGACAUCAUGUGAUAUUCAUACAUAUAUAUAG